AUGAAGGAGUCACCGUCUCAGAGAUUCUUCGGCAGCUUGACUCUAGGCAUGUUCACGUCACCAAGGAGCCAGCUCACAACCCAGAUGAAUAAAUGGGGAUUGAACAGAGACAAUGCCCAACUCCACCAAAGUGCAGACCGCCCCGCUCAAACUCUUCCAACGACUUGUCCAGACUCUACUGAAACGCAAGGUCUGGGCUCGAGCAUAGAAACCACGACGAUCCGCGACCAUGGAUCAAUUACAGCUUUCGAGACGUCGACCCUGGAACAAUCUUCAUCUUUAAAUGUCGAGUUAGGCACCGACCAUGUCUCUGAGGUUACCGGUGCACAUUCAUCGCUCGGCGCCAGUCCAGGAAGUUCUCCAAACGCGGCUCCUAGUCUAGCUGUUAUUACGGAAACACUUUGUGUCAAUGAGUUUAUACAUUCGGCCGUGCCCUAUGAGUCAUCCGCACAACUGGCUCAGACGCACAACUCAAAGUCAAAGUCUAAAAUGACGGCCUAUCCUACACUCUCUAUGCCCUCCUACAGACCGUCUGGCUUUAUCGUAUUUUGGGGACGACAACUGGCGGGCAUACAUCCAUAUACCUUCCCAGGACGCUCCAUCAUCAGCAAGUUCAGUUACAUGGCCACAAUACUUUUCCAUACAAGACACUUUGAAGAAGCUUUCGAUAUCUUAUAUCUCAUUUCUUCUACACUUAAUGACUGGAUGGGGGAGAAUAUCUGGCUCAGUCGCUACUUUCUCUUCUUCGUCAUAAGAUGCGCUCGUUCUGCUCGUACUGCACACCAGAGGCUGGUUGCAGAAGUACUCGUCGAGCAGCUCAGUGAUUGGGUGGAGAAUAUGCAACAACACGUUGACCCCGGCUGCGCACGGUAUAUGCGAGGCCUCCUUCAACUGGGCGUGGACAGAUCGGAGAACAGAACACCAGAGCAAAUGGCCUAUUGGAUUACUAGCUCCAUGCUAUCCAGCAUGUGGCUUUACCUGUUUCCUACAAAACCCGGACGAACGGAAUUCCAUCCCCGAGCCAUCCUUGACUAUCUCUACCUUUCUCCCGAAAUCCAAGCGAUGAUGCUCGAUGCUCUCUCUCUCGUUAGAGAAGGUGUGCGGAAGAGAUAUCGGGAUCUGGAAAUGCUCAUUAAGGACAAUUGUUUCCCCUUUUACGGUUUUACCGAAUCUACUUACUUUGUGCAGGCCCUGGUGUAUCGGCUCCUCGAAGAGCUCGUCUGCACUAAUCCACUCUAUUGGUCUGAUAACUCUACUCCUGGCCAAGGCAACAAGCAGUUUUCAGAGCUUCUUUUGAGACAGGCUGUGGUGAUAUUGACCUUCCUUGUCGUUUCCCGCUCUUCCUCGUCUUCACCCAGCAGUGUUUAUUUCCUUGAAUCUGCGAUUGCGGAACUUCAACAAACCUUGGAAUCCGGCCCGGGGAGCAGCGAUUAUAGACAACUCAUUGAUGAGUACCUGCAGUUGAGUUCAAUAGGGGUCGCAGAGGAACAACAGACAACUUUAACACCGUUGUGUGUUGUGGCAACAGCCGGAGAAGUGGCAGGUCUAGCGAGUCCGACACCUGAACUUGAUCUACUUGGCAUAUCAAUCAAGCUGUUCAUGUAG